UUGUAAUCUCUAUUGUUUGUAUAAAUUUAUCUAUGAGAUCAGCUGUAAGUUGACAACUCAAAUUACAUUACACAAAAAUAAAAAAAUUAGAAAAUAUAAAUUCUUGUUUUUAGUGCCUCGAAGUAUCUUAAUUUUCCACAAACUUGGACUUGAUUCUUCAAAAUUACCCCAACAAAAUUGUUCUACAUUUACCUAACAUCCCAACGCACGACCAGCGGCAGCGACAACGACGAGUUAAAUAAACAAAAUUAUAAUCUUACGUUGUUGGAAAGAACACAGAAAUCUCUUAUAAAACAAAAAAUUAAAUUAUGAAUUGAAAAACUUAAAAUAAAACAUCAAAAAAGAAAAGAAAAAUCCAUCCAUCCAAAAAGAAAUGUCAAUAAGAAAAUAGAUUUUAUCAAAUUAUUCUUUCGAAAGAUCUUUUAUCGUUGAAUUUAAAUUUAGUUUGUUUUGGGGUGUUUUGUAAAACAUCUGCCUCCUGCCGAUCAUCAGAUCGAUCAAGACACUUCGAAAUAUUCUCUCAUUUUUGGUCGUCGAAAUUAGAUCAUAAUGUUGCAGCGAAGUCUCGAGGUCGGUCGAAUUCUGCGUAAUCGGUAUCAGGUGCCGAGAAUAUUGAAAAACAAAGACAAUAAUCAAAAUGUUUCAAUGCAAAUCCAUAGACUUUAUUCAUCAAUCCUCUCAGGCCGUCAUCCAAUGAAAAACUGUGAAGCUCGACUAUCGGUGAUACUUAAAUCCUAUCCAAUAGGAAUCAAACAUUCAAAUCCUGCUUUCUAUGCAACUUCAAAGGACCCAGAUGCAAAGGCAAACACACCUGCAGUUGUUUCAACGCCAAGUACUCCGUCGCUACCAAUAACAACAACAGCAUCAGCAACAGUACCACCUAUUCCAAAGCCCAAUAAUCAGCAAACAACCAAAUUAGAAGUGAAGACGAAGAAAGGUGUUCUUUCGGUAACAACUACAAUUGAAGAUUCUAAACUGAAUGAAGUAGUUUUCGAAAAGGAAAUAACCCAACCGAAUGCUAAUGCAGUAGAGGCUACAAAAGUUCCACCUAAAGCAGUUGCCAAUGUUCCGCCCGAGGAAAUUAAACCAGUUAAACCUCAACCAAAGAAACGAACAAAGUUCGACAGCAAUCGUUCUUCGAUGGAAAGAAACUUCAUAACACCUGCACGAGCUAUGACGGAUUUUCUUCUAAAACCUAGUGACCUAGAAGCUUUGCCAAAAAUCAAACGUCGUUCUCCAUAUGAACAAGAACCACCUAUUACAGUAUAUUGGCGUAAAGAUGUCGAAGCAAAAGCAAUUGAAGUUUGGGGUUCAAAAGAGAAUUUGCUGCGAGAAAUUUUGAAGCGGGAAAUCGAAAGAAAGCGAUAUCAACAAAAUAUUUUUACUGUAAAGAGACGUUUAAGAGACUACCGAAGAGAAAUUGGCAGUCGAACAAUGGUAAUGGAAGAUGAACCAGGAUUAAGAGGCAAAUCUGGACGGGUUGUUCUUAUUGCAAUUGGAAUAAAUACCACAAAUUUUAUAGUAAAAACGUUUGCGUGGCUUUCAUCGGGAUCACAUAGUAUGUUUGCUGAAGCCGUUCACUCCUUGGCCGAUACAAUUAAUCAGUUGAUUCUUGCCUAUGGCAUUCAUAAGUCUACCCAGAUGGCUGAUCCCGACCAUCCAUAUGGCUACACUAACAUGAAGUAUGUGUCUUCACUUAUUUCUGGAGUAGGAAUAUUUUGCGUGGGAACUGGUAUUUCCAUUUACCAUGGUAUAACAGGUCUCAUCCAUCCUGAACCUGUUCAGGAUUAUUUCUGGGCUUUUUGUACACUUGGUGGAUCGAUGUUAUCCGAAGGUGCCACACUAAUGGUUGCUAUGAAUGAAGUUCGUCGGUCUGCAGCAAAUACUGGAAUGAGUUUUAAAGAUUAUGUAUUACGGGGGAAAGAUCCAUGUGUUAAUGUUGUCCUGACAGAGGAUACAGCUGCAGUAAGUAGUGUUGCUGUUGCUGCAACAUGUAUGGCAUUAUCUUCAAUGUCUGGAUCUCAUGUCCCAGAUGCUGUAGGUUCAUUGUUAAUUGGUGGUAUUUUAGGAGCAGUGGCAUCGUUUAUAAUUUAUACAAAUGUUGCAGCACUGGUGGGCAGAUCCAUUUCACAGGAGCAUCUCAAUAAAAUAAACUGCGAACUCGAAAAUGAUGUUAUGAUCAGGGCAAUACACGAUGUAAAGGGAAUCGAUAUGGGAAACUCUCUUGUUAGAUAUAAGGCCGAGAUUGAUUUUGACGGGCGUGAACUGACAAAAUCUUACUUAGAUAAGCAGGAGCUCAAUGAGCUAUUAAAGGCUGUGAAAUCAUUCCAAACGGUUGAAGAACUAGAACUAUUUCUUUUAACGCAUGGUGAAAACAUAGUUGACCUAAUGGGAGGAGAAAUCGACAGAAUAGAAAUGAGACUAAGGAAAAAGUUCCCCGAACUGCGACAUUGUGAUUUAGAAAUACUUUAAAGUUUCUAGGUUUUCGUUUGUAAAUUAAUAACGUAAAAUUAUAUAAAUUAUUGCUCUCAAUAAUGUUGAUAUUA